AUGAUUGAGUUGAGGUGCAAGUUGAGUGUGCUGGUGGUGCUGCUUGGAGCGUUGCUGCUUGUUGUUGCGCCAGUGUUUGCAGCUGAGACCAGCAAUACAGAAGGCGGAACUGCUGGAGGCAGCAGCAGCAGCAGCAGCAGCAGUAGUAGUAGCGACGGCGGUGGUGAUGGUGUGGACACGGAGAACGAGGCAUCCACAGCGGGCAGUGCGGUCAUGAACACUGCAUCUGCCAAGGCUGCUCGCCUGGUCCUGCAUCAGAUUGCCAUUGUGCUGAUUCCAAUCUACGUCAUCGUCAGCAUCAACAAAUACUAUCCUCUCACGGCCUACCUUUUCCGUGGACUGAAGUGGUCUGUUCCACCCCGCGCUCAGGAGCUCAUUCAGUUCUCCAAGCAGAAGUCCCUUGAACGGGAUGCGAAUGGAGAUAUCCAGGACUUUGAGAUUGCGCGGUCGAGCCGCGUCAUUCCGAAGAAGCGCGAGCUCACCCUUCGCGAGCUGUGGAAGCUGCAGUACAUCGGCGAUGUCACGGAACUGCUCAUCGUCACGUCCUCCACCCUUGCUGCAACUUUGGGGUUCAUUGGCUGGGCGUUUGUCACGGGCAACUCGCUCAACUUCAACUCGGCUGCCUUCUUCCUCUCCUGUCUCGGCGUUUUUGAGUGCGUGAAGGUGCUCACCACGCUUGGAUUCAAUGGUGGCCGUUAUGAAAUCAGCGUCAACAUCCUGUGUGCGUUCAUCUGGUUCUUCCUUGCACUGGUCAUGUGGCUCUCCAUGAACCAGCACAUUGCCGUCCAGGGCGGUGCAAUGUACGAACACAUGCAAACGGCCGCUCGUGAUUUCCUUCAAGAGUCCCAGCUCGACCCUGCCCGCCUCAUCUUCCCCGAGUACCGGUCGAUGGUGCUGCUCGCUGCUGCUGCUGCCGCUGCCAUUGGCGGCCUGCUCACCUUCCCCUCCUUCCGCUUCGCCCGCGCGUACGCGUCUGCCCUCGUCGUUCACCGCGAGAAACCAACACUCACGCUGCAGUCGUACACGCUGCUUGUGCUGCGAAGCACCGCUGUUGCUGCUACGCUACUUCUGCGGGCUGUGACUACACGGACGUUGAUGCAAGCAUACCUGGACAUUGCACAAGAACGAAUGGCCCAGCUCGGCGGUGGGCAGACGAAGAAGGAGAAGAAGGAGCAGAAAAAGGCCAACAAGAAGAAAGGAAAGAAGACCGAAACGAAAACGCGCAAUUCAAAAUCAAACGCGUCAGACGAUGACGUCAUCAGCGCGGGCGUUGUGCAACGACUGGUGUCGAACAUCUGGGAUUAUGCUGGUGUUGCAGUGCUGCAGAUCAUCACGCCGCCGCUGCUGCUUCUCUUCGCCGCCGCCGUCAUGGUCAUGCGCAGCACGGGCGGCGAACACCAGGACGCUGCCGUCUCGCCAUGGGGGGAGCUUGGGACCCUGGCCGUGUGGUGGAUCAGCCUAACGACAACCGCCCUGACAUUCAUUGGCUAUGCGCUCUUGCGUGUGUCUGGCGCCGUUCCGAACGUCGCAUAA